GUGGAUGGUGCAUAGAUGGCACUUGCAGGCGAGCACGCCAACUGCUUGAUAAAAUGCCUCGGCAACUUUACCAUCCUACUGACUAAUUAUUCCUACUGGGGCUCACCCGACGGCAAGCUGGACUGGGGCGUGCAAGGAGACGAGUUGCACAAGUUCCGCAAGUCGGCGUCCUUCGGGUUCUUCCGCCAUGCUGGCGGCCACCGCAGCCACCGCGGCCGAACCCGAGUCUCAUGGGUGAACUCUCUUGUCAAGGAUGGCCACACAGGCGACCAUUUUCCGCAGUGGCUGGAGCAGGAGCAGAUGGUGGCCUGAUCCCACCCCGUCGACGACGAUCGAUCGAUCACUGGCUCAUAGCGUCUAGCUGACCAAAGUUCUUUCCUUCAAAAAAAAUUCCACCCUUUUUUAUCUGCUUAA